AUGAACGCCGACUUGAGCCUGUCGCAGUCAUUGGGCGGCCUGCGCAUUGCCAACCCGGACGACCACGACGACUCCGAAGCACUCACCUCGCCCACCUCGCCGACGACCCCCAAUGCACGACCACCGCCGCCCUCUUCACAUUCCUCCGAGAGCACUGUGACCGAUGCACGGAGGACCAAUCUGCUCCCGACCCUCUCCCAUGAAACCGACAGCCAGGACUCAGGAUUGGGCUUCGACCCGGACAGCUACAGCCUGCAGACGUCCAAUCCCUCACCGCCGCCGCCCUCGCGGUCCCCCAAUACCCAGCAGGGAGAGUUUGCGGACAGGCGGCUAAGUCACCGCACGAGUAUGACCUUGAACCCGCAGGCGCAGCAGCCUCCACAGCCAGGCCAAUAUCAAUCACAUCCUUCCGGCUACAAUGUGCCAUACAGACAGCCAAGUGUGCAAGGAGCAGGCUCACGGCCAAUCAGCGGCAUGUACACGCAGAUGAACAACUCGUCGAGCUCGGGAAUGUCUAGCCAUCCUCAGUAUAGAUACAGGGACGACAUGGGCUCCUCGGAUGGCAACAUGGGAGGUCUAGCAAGGAGCGGGUCGAGGGGAGCCAGGCAGUUGAUGGGAUCGGUACCGCAAAGAGGAGACAGCAGGACGUACAGGCAGCCCGGUACACCGAUGAGUCGCGGAAACGGCAACGGACCUCUGCCACCGCGGAGGAAUUCGCGAAGGGGACGAGCGCCUACAGGGAGCUCAACAUCCACUGGUGGCUAUGACAGUGCUGAACAGCCGUAUUCAGGGUCAGCCCCAAUGCCGAGAUCAGCAGAGGAUUGGCGAGAAAGAGGGGCUGCGGUUGGGACACAACGGGAGGUCGACGCGUCAGGUCAGACCCAGUCUCGGACUGUAAAGAAGGGCGUGAAGGAUUUCAAUUUUGGCCGAACACUGGGAGAGGGCUCUUACUCGACUGUGCUGGCAGCUACCGACCGGCAGAAUCUGAAGGAGUAUGCCAUCAAAGUCUUGGACAAGCGACACAUUAUCAAGGAGAAGAAGGUCAAAUACGUGAACAUUGAACGAGACACCCUCAACCGGCUAACAGAACACCCCGGCGUUGUGCGACUAUACUACACGUUCCAGGACGAGCGGUCGUUAUACUUCGUACUGGACGUGGCAUCAGGCGGUGAGCUGUUGGGCGUGCUGAAGAAAAUGGGAACCUUUGACGUGGAGUGCACACGAUUUUACAGCGCCGAGAUUCUGGACAGUAUAGCAUACAUGCAUAGCCGAGGCAUCAUCCAUCGCGAUCUGAAGCCGGAGAACGUACUCUUGGACAAGGACAUGCACGUGAAGAUCACAGACUUCGGGACUGCAAAGAUACUUCCAGAUCCGCGACCUGGACAGAACACUGCCGGAGGGUCGUCAGGCGCACCAACAGAUGGAGCUGAGACAGACCGAGCUGUGUCUUUUGUAGGAACAGCCGAGUACGUUAGCCCGGAGCUUUUACGUGAUAAGAACGCCUGCAAGUCAUCUGAUCUGUGGGCAUUUGGCUGCAUUGUCUACCAGUUACUAGCGGGACGGCCUCCGUUCAAGGCUGCCAACGAAUAUCUCACGUUUCAGAAGAUUCUUGCGCUGGACUACACCUUUCCGGAUGGCUUCCCAGAAGUGGCGCGUGACCUCAUCGAAAGGCUUCUGGUCCUGGAACCUGCCAACAGAUUGCCUAUCGAACACAUCAAGAAUCACAGGUUCUUUGAAGGUGUACAAUGGGGCAAGUCCUUGUGGAAGCAGAACGCGCCUAGGUUGAAGCCAUACGUACCACCCGCCCCUGAACCGAUCAAGCUCAAUGGCGGAGUGAAGAACAACGGUAGCAGCAAUGCUCUGGCUAGCGCAGGAGCGGCUGCAGCCAUGCAGACUGCGAGCGGACCACCGCAACAGGCACCAGCAAGAAGACCCAACCUGCAGAAUGUGACAGAACUUCCGCCGCCCAGUCAACUGGAUAUCGACUGGUCACCUGUCCUCACGCACAACAAUGAACGAAUAUUGAAGUUGGGUAACCUGGUUGUGACAACAGCGCCGUUGGCGUCAAGCCCUAGUAGCAAGCAUGGAGAUCCGCAGACGCCAUCGGAGAAACCCAAAUUCUCCCGGUUCUUCAGCAGCAACACGAUGAGGAAGCGAGAGAGGCUGGUCUUAAUCACGUCAAGCGCAAGACUUGUAGUCGCAGCGGCAGGUGGUAAUGAGAAGAAGGCCAAGCUCGAGAUCAACCUCACUGCAAAUGCAUCGACCUGCAAGAGCAGCGUCGAUGCGAAAGGUUUGACGUACUGGUCGAUCGAUACUCGAGACAAGCACUAUACCUUCGAAGAUCCGCGAGCUACAACAUCUGACCCCGCGGGGAGUAGAUACAGUACACAAGAGUGGCUUGAUGCCGUGCAGCAAGCGCAAGAAGUAGCAUUGGCAACCUCCGUCACUAACAGCUAUUCUGGAGAAUCGAUGCUGAACGACGUUACCGCAUCAGCCGUUAGCAGCCCUGCAGACUCGCUAGGUGGCGACGCAAUAUUGCCCAUGAGCGGACCGAGUGCAGGCGAGAGACAUAACCUACGCCACACAUUACGCAAGAACACCGAGGACGAAAGCCUCAAAGGCAGAGACAAGCGACACCGGUUCAGCAAGAGAAACUCGAAGUCUGGUCUGGCCGCAGUCUUCUAG